AUGUCCAACCCGGCCAGACCUACGCCUGACUCCGACGACGAGGAGGUCGACAACAACGACCUCAAGCAAGAGCUCGAAGGGGUCAAGGCCCUGAUUGAGGGCAUCUCCAAACAACUCGACGAUGUUGCGAAUGCCGCCAAGGUUGAAACCGCAUUUAACGACCUAGCAGCCAAGGUCCAUCAGCUGAGGACCAAGGAAGCGUCGCCUAGGAGGGGCCAGGACCAUCUCAAGGUCGCCAAGCCGCCCAAGUUUGAUGGCACCAAGAGAGAAGAGCUCCAGGGUUUCCUGACGCAACUCCGGUCCUACUUCAGGUUCAACCCAUUCAACGAAGAGGCCGACAAAGUGCUCUUCGCGGCAACCUAUCUGGAGGGUAGAGCCCUUGAGUGGUCUGAGCUUACUCAGCGGGACUACCUCGAACUCAUUGAGGACGAACGCAAGAAGGAGACCAACAAGAUCUUCGAGGCGUUUGUCGACUUCGAAGACGCCAUCACGCAAGUUUUCGGGAUCUUCGACAAGCGAUCCCAGGCGGAGUCCAAGCUCACCAAGCUUCGGCAACAAAAGCGUUUCUACGACGGACUCAAGGACGAUGUCAAGGACGAGUUGAUCAAAGAAGAACGCGAUGCGUUGACACUCGACGCCUACAUGGCACGCGCCAUCGCCAUCGACAACCGUCAGUAUGAAAGACGACAGGAGCGCACCGGCAAGAAGGACGCAGUCUAUCCCAAGGCGAACGACAAGAAGAAACGCCAGCCCCAGAGUACGUCACACGGCACUCACUCGGGACCCAUGGACAUCGGUGCUGCCCAGGCACAAUGGGCAGGAAGGAAGGGUGGUGCCAAGGACAAAUCGGGCAUCACUUGCUACAACUGCGACAAGAAGGGUCACGUCAAGCGUAACUGCCACAGCAAGAAGGAGUGGCGACCAGUUCCAGGGAAGGAAGCCGUCACCAUCGACCAGGCCACGGUCGGGAAGAAAGUUCGGAUUCAGGAGGUUGCAGCUGCCAGUUACACGCAGGACGACCUCGAAGUCGACAUCGAGCAAGCCCUCAAACGAGAAGACGAAUUGACGGGCUCAGACUCCGACAACUCCGAGUUGGGAAACGAGUACGCGCUCAUCACCUCGGACGACGAGGGGAAAGUGGCGCCCCCGCGGCACAUUCAACAGGCCGCGCAAGACUGGGGUACCACGUUGACCCAGCAGGCCGACGGAGAAUGGACGACACACACAGGAGAUGGGAAGGUCAGGCCUAGCCUUUUCUUCCUGCAACAACGGAUUCUAGAACAACGACAAAGGAUCGAGGAACUGGUCAGGGAAAAGGAGGAGCUCAAACAAUUGCUCCAAGCACGAAACGACCAGUACGAGCGACUGCGCACGGAACUCGACUCAAUUAAGGAAGGAGUGCGAGAACUCACCAGCACCCACGAGGACAUCGGUAGACACAUCGACGGGAUCGGAAGGGAAACCCAAGCCAUGCGCGAAGCGCAGGAGCGGGCGUGGACCGACCACGCCCCGUGGGACAGGCCCACGGAGCACGCAGAGGAAUGCGGGGACGGGGUUCACUACCCGGAGCAAGAAUACACCUGGGCAGAGGUGCCGGGAACUGCAUUGAAGCAGACUGCGUCAUCCACGCAAACGAAAAACUGGAAAAGCAUGCAGAAGGGAGGGUCCAACUCUACAAGCAGACUCCCAGAAGGAGACAGAGGAGAUCGGGAAUGGCUGAACCCCAGGAAGUUCAGUGGCUCCAAGAACACCAAACGAUCGAUGCCGCAAGCCAAGGCCGCGCAGCACAGGAAGAACUGGCGCAGAAGGAAGCCUUGCAACGACCUCCCAGCAGACGAAUAUGAAGCAGCUGCUGUACGAAGCACCAAGCCAGACAACAGGCUCUGGAUCGCAGCGCGAUGGGGGAGGAUCAAAGGAAAAGAAUACAUCGUCAAGGGACCAUUCGACACACAAUGGGCACGACGAGAAACAGAACCACUCGACAUGGAGGUGGCAGGAAAGACCACCCAAGUGGUAUUCGAUAUCGUGGACAUGGGGCCAGAGAAGGACAUGAUCCUCGGACGCCCAUGGCACGAGGACUACGACCCGGACAUCAGUUGGAAGGGAGAUGGCCAUCUGCGACCGCGAGAACCGCGGGAGCAUCCGACAGACUUGAUGAAAGAACGCGCAGAACAGGAGCCACGGAUGAGCAGAGGGUCAGAACGAACCCCCUCUACGGGCCCACCGCAGGAAACAGCCAGUGCAGAAACACGCACUCUGGAAUCCGGAAGAAGCGGCACACGACAACAGAAGCAGACACGGGAGGCACGAACCAUCGCCGUCGUCUCAGUGGACGAGCACGGGAAGCUCAAACACGAAGCAUGGGUCAACCGGAAAGAAGCAGCAGGCAUUGAGCUGCCAGCACAAGAAAUCAAGAUACCCGAGGCAUCAUUCAUCGAGUCAGGAAACAAGUUCGCGUACUAUGAAGCGUUCACGGCAAAACAUCUUGCAGGGCUGCCAGAUCACGGACCUUGGGACCACGAGAUCAAACUCAAGGAAGGAGCCCAGUUGAAGUUCUUCAAGGUGUAUCACACCAACGAGAAACAAGAUGCGGAGUUGAGGAGCUAUCUCGAAAAGAAUCUCGAGAUAGGACACAUCAGACCAUCGACAUCUCCAGCAGGCUACCCAGUCCUAUUCGUUCCAAAGAAGGAUGGGAAGCUCAGGAUGUGUGUGGACUACCGACAGUUGAACAACGAGAGGGUGAAGAACCGAUACCCACUGCCACUGAUCGCGAGGCUUCGAGAUCAGCUGUCAGGGGCACAAUACUACACCCGCCUCGACCUCCCAACUGCCUACGCCCACAUUCGCAUCAAGGAAGGAGACGAAUGGAAGACGGCUUUCCGAACACCCUACGGGCACUAUGAGUACCUCGUCAUGCCAUUCGGAUUGACCAACGCACCGGCAACAUUUCAAGCCGCCAUCGACCACGCAAUUCGACACUGCCUCGAUAAAUUCGCAGUCUGUUACCUGGAUGACAUUCUCAUCUAUUCCAAGACACUCGAAGAACACAAGGAACACGUGCGGCAGGUGCUGGACGCACUGCACGAGCACAAGUUGUCAGUCAACAAGGACAAGAGCGAGUUCCAUGUCAAGAAGACAGUGUUUCUGGGUUACGAGAUCUCCCCAGGAUGGGUCAAGAUCGAACCCGAGAAACUGGAAGCUGUCAGAACGUGGCCAACACCGACAAACGCCACAGAGGUCAGAGGAUUCAUCGGAUUCGCCAAUUUUGUCAGGAUGUUCAUCAAAAACUUUGGCGACAUCGCGAGGCCUCUACACGAGCUCACGAAGAAAGGCACCACAUUCCAGUGGAAGCAGGAGCACGAGCGAGCGUUCCAGCGGAUGCGCGACGCGAUUACCGCUGAUCCAGUACUCAUGCUGCCUGACCCAAGCAAACUUUUUGAAGUCGAAGGCAACUUGGCCAGAGAGACAAGGACGGCAAGCUGCACCCAGUUGCGUUCUUCUCCAAGAAACUCGAGGGACCAAGACUCAACUACCCGAUCCACGACAAAGAACUGCUCGCAGUCAUCGAAGCAUUUCAGGAAUGGAGGCCAUACCUCGGCGGCACAACACAACGAAGUUCAGGUGCACACGGGCCACAAGAACCUACGGUACUUCACCACCACGAAGGUGCUGAACGGACGACAAACUCGAUGGGCAGAGUUCCUGUCUGAGUUCAACUUCACAAUCCACUACAAGAAAGGCUCGGAAAACGCACGAGCGGACGCCUUGAGUAGGAGAGCGGAUCACCACGACAACACAUCUGAAGCCUCACCACCAUUGCUACAUCAGCAGACAGACGGAUCGCCACGGCACGCUUCCCAACCGACUGAAGACUACGAGAUCGCAGCGCUUCAGCAGCAGUUGGAAGAUCCCGAAGCCAGGCCUCUGCAACCGUUUGUAGAAUGCUGUGCGGUCUUCAGGGAACGACGAUUGGAACGAGAUUUCCAAGGAAUCAUCACGGACGAUGAACGCGAUAAAUGGCGAGAAGAGCCAGAAUCCAAGAUCGCAGGACUGCGACUUGAAGGAACGAGACUCUGGUACCACGACAAGGCCUACAUCAGGCCCAGCGACCAAAAGGAGCUCAUUCAAAAGAUCCACGGGUCAAGACCCGGAGGGCACAUGGGAAUCAGCAAGACAAUUGCGAAGGUCAAGCAGAAUUACGACUUCCCAGGAAUCAAGCAAGCGACAAAAGAAAUCCUGGCAGAGUGUGACCUCUGCGGACGAAGCAAAUCACGGCCACACAAGCCGUAUGGACUGUUGCAACCAUUACCGGUCGCAGAACGACCAUGGAGCUCGGUGACAAUGGAUUUCAUCACCAAGCCUCCGACAUUAAAGGACUCAGCGACGGGAACGAAGUACGACAGCAUCCUCACAGUGGUGGACAGACUCACCAAGUGGAGCUACUUCCUUCCCUACAAGGAGCCAUGGUCGGCAGAACAACUUGUAGACGUGAUCUACCGCAAUGUCACCUCGGUCCACGGAUGGCCGGGGGAAUGGAUCACGGACAGAGACACAAAGUCCGCAUCGAAGUUUUGGCAAGCCCUAAUGACGAAGUUGGGUACGAGGAGUAAGCUUUCGACCGCUUACCACCCGCAGACGGACGGACAGACGGAGCGACUCAACCAGAUCGUCGAGCAAUACCUGAGAGUACCACGAAGGUCACGCCAUUCUUCGCGAAUUACGGCUACGAAGCAGACUUGCGACAAGGGUCCGACGUUUCGGUACCCAGAGCGGGCAGUCAAGGCCGACAGAAUGAGCUCGCUGCAUGCGAUGCUCAAGGAAGAACUCGAGUUCGUACGAACCAGGAUGAAGAAGUUCUACGACAGGAACAGGCUCGAGGGACCUCGCCUAGAAGAGGGGGGCAAAGUUUACCUCAUUUCUCGAAAUCUUCGCACGAAGCGACCAAGCAGGAAGCUCGAUUUUCGCAAAAUCGGACCAUUCAAGAUCGACAAAAAGAUUUCGGAGAACAACUACGCACUCGCGUUACCCUCAACCAUGCGACUACGGACCAACGUCUUCCACAUCUCGCUUCUGGAACCAGCGCCGAAGAACGCACGACUCGACAAGGACGUUGAAGAAGUCCUAGACUCGCGCAUCACGGAAGGACAGUUGGAAUACUUGGUCAAGUGGCUGGACUUUGGUCCAGAAGACAAUUCAUGGCAACCAGCUACAAAUCUCAACUGCCCCGAGAAACCCCAGGAGUUCCACCAGAGGAACCCAGAUCGACCAGAGGGAACCCCGCGGAGAGGUCGACCCCAGCGAGGGGACUCCCCAAGGAGCAGUCGAACCCCGAGGAGGAGUCGGCGAAAGAAUUGA